CCAGGAGAUAGGGAAGGGACUCGUUCGACCCAGUACACUAACCGUUUCCUUGGAUCUCUGGCUAAGAUCACUACGCUAGAAAGCAUACGGUCUCGAAUUUUCGAUUUUUCAGAAAUAUGUGCGGUGUGCCACUUAGCCAUACUGGAACGAUACUUCCUCGUCUUGGAACAUCGCUCCUACCAUCCUCAUUGCUUGCGUUGUGCUCUUUGUCACUGCGGUUUAUCCUACGAGCCUACUUGCUAUGUGAAGGAUGGUCUCGUUCUAUGCCGUCGUGAUUACACUGCAAAAUUCCGGAAAGCUUGUACAAAGUGUCGACUUCGACUGGAAAACGAUGAUGUGGUGAUGAGAGCACGUGAAGCCGUUUUUCACGUGCAUUGUUUUUCGUGUGUUGUCUGCGACACUCCUCUGAACGCUGGCGACAUUUUUACGAUGACAGAACGCGGCGAAAUUUUCUGUCAAAGGUCACUCAGUUCUGGGUGGGGAAUUGGUACCUACUUCCCUCCCCCUCCCCCAAGGCAAAAAGACCGCUCAAAAAGAAUGAGGACUUCGUUCAAACAUCAUCAACUUCGAACAAUGAAGCAGUACUUUAAUUUGAAUCACAACCCUGAUGCCAAGGACCUCAAACAACUGGCCCAAAAAACUGGACUGACCAAGCGAGUUUUACAGGUAAUCCAGCUUAGUCAUCAAUUGAUGGACAUUACAUAUGUGACCACACUUUUGCCACGCUUCGGUAUGUAUUGGCCGAGAUGGAAGCCCUGA